AUAUAAGCAAGGUUUGGACAAAAAGCAAUAGAACUCGUGUCUGCCGAACUCUUUUUCCGAACGGUUUUUUUUUCUGGUUCCGCCGCACUGGCGCGCAGCGCGCAGAACCGCUGCUCUUUUCACACCACCUCAACAAAGUGUGUUGCACCCCAGCACAACACGCCCGAUUUCACCACCCCAACUUUGGAGCCCCGGUCAAACGCCUUCCCGUCUGCUGGCGGGACAUGUCUGCUGCUGGGAGUGCCUCCCAGGGGCUCAAACGCAAGAAUUUCAACGUUUCGGAGAGAGAAGAGGUGGUACGCUACCUUCUCGCCGACAGCGAAGACGGGGUUCGGCAGCAUGGUUCGUACCACAGAGCCGCGGAGAAGUACGGGUGCCAUUGGGAGACCAUAAAGAGGAUUUGGCAGAAGCACGAGAAGCGGGAGGAAUCUGGAGAUCCUAGUUUGUACAUUGGGAACGACCGCAAGGGCCAUUCCGGCUGCAAGGGCAUCGAUAUUGAGAACCUACGUGCCCGCCUCCUUGAGAUUCCGCUGAACGAACGCACGACACAGCGCCGCCUGGCCGCGGCGCUCGGGAUUCCCAAAUCCACACUGCACAACAACCUCAAGGCGCUUGGAUUGAGAGCGCAUUCCCCCGUAUCCGACGAGGCGUGGCUGAAAGGGACGGCGGCACUCGCGGCGCUGGAGGGGCAAGGGGGGGCCGCAGGAGGGCGCGGGGGGGCUGCAGGAGGGCGAGGGGGGGCUGCAGGAGGGCGAGGGGGGGCUGCAGGAGGGCGAGGGGGGGCUGCACGAGGGCGAGGGGCGGCUGCAAGAGGGCAGGGAGGGGCGGCUGCUGCAGGGCAGGGAGGGGGGGCUGCAGGGGGGCCAGGGGCGGCGUAGAAUGAGGUGGUUGCGGUGUACUCCGGAGUAUGCAGUAGAUCGUGUGACCGAGAAGUAGCAGGGAGCGGCUGCAGUGGGGCAAGGGGCGGCCGAUUACGGUUUCGCCGGACUGUGUAAACGGAGACGGCUGCCAUGGAGUAGAGUUGUUUGGCUACCGAGGCUGAUGGGCAGGCGCAGAAACAGGCAGCAGGUUCGGGGCGCGGGUCAUGUUGGUUUUCUAUGAUGACGUGAACACGGGGAUGAUAAUUAACCAUCCCCUCCCUUUUCGUGAUGCUCCAUGUUUUUUCAUCCAAAAAGUGGCGUUAUGUCUAAUUCUAGCUCUUCGAAGUACUUUCAUCACACUGGACAGAUAUUACGUCCUGUCGCUGGGUAUGCCAAAAUUCCGCCUUUUCCCGGACCAGGGGAUGGUAACGCACCAUCCCCCCCCCAUCGAGCGGAUUUUUUUUUUUUCUCUCUCCAAUGUCAUAUGUGAUCGUUUGCCAAAGUUGUCCGACGUCCACCGUGCCCAAAUGGCACGUUUCCGUCAAUAUUCUUCAAACCUUGCUUAUAUUCCCGGAUUUCCA